UAGCCUAUCUCUGCAUAUCUGAGCUCAAGCUUCCAUCAAUUAACAGCAAGAUCCAAGAACGGGACGAUAUCACAAUCCGCCCCUGUUCUCUCCACUCCACUCCACUCCACCUGCUUUUUGUUUGUUUGAUUGUUGUUUUUCUUUUUUUUUGCUGCCACCCUCAUAACCCGGAUUAAAUUACGCAUUGCACCUUUAAGAAGCUGUCACCAGGAUUAGAGUUACGCACGGUGAGAGCCAAGAGGGGUUUUACGCACCGUCGGUAUCCAGAGGAGUUCUCCUGCUUCAGCCACAGUCUCUCUCCCUCUGCGCCUGACACCGAACCCACGGGGGAGCCGUCCACACCGCGCGCGCCAUGGCCGAGACAGGGACAGGGACAGGGACCGGGUCCGGGUCCGGGACAGGGAAAGGGGUCACAGCCGGGAAACUGGCCAUCAACGUCCAGAAGCGGCUGACCAGAGCGCAGGAGAAGGUUUUGCAGAAGCUCGGCAAAGCUGACGAGACCCGAGAUGCCGCCUUUGAGGAGAUGGUGGCCAGAUUCAACAAGCAGACGGUAGAAGGCGCCAAACUGCAGAAAGACCUGAAAGCCUACGUGACGUCAGUGAAAAUUCUGCACGACGCGUCGCGGCGGCUGCAGGACUGUCUGGCCGAAAUGUACGAACCCGAGUGGUUCGGCAAGGAGGAGAUGGACGCGCUGACAGAGGACACAGACACGCUGUGGUUAGACUAUCACCAGAACAUCACGGACAAAUGUGUGGUGUGCAUGGACACGUACCUGACUCAGUUUCCUGAUCUGAAGGCUCGCAUAGCAAAGCGUGACAGGAAGUUGGUGGACUUUGACAGUGCCAGGCAUCACUUUGCCUCCUUACAGAAAGGGAAGAAGAAGGAUGAGGCCAAGAUCGCCAAGGCAGAGGAAGACCUCGGUCGAGCCCAGAAGAUUUUCGAGGAGCUGAAUGUGGAGUUACAAGACGAGCUUCCAGUCCUGUGGGACACUCGUGUUGGCGUCUAUGUUAACACAUUCCAGAGCCUGGCAGGUCAUCAGGAUAAGUUCCACAAAGAUAUGAGCAAACUCAGCCAAAACCUGAAUGACAUCAUGACCAAACUGGAGGAGCAGCGGCAGCUCAAAAAAGAUGGUACUGCAGAAGCCAAGACAGAAGAUGGUGCAAAGAGUGAUGAAGCCAACCACAGUGAUUCAGCCUGCUCAGCACCAAAGUGUGCUGUGACCAACGGCUCUGAUGGUGAAGUCCCUCCAGGAUUCCUCUACAAGGUGAAGGCGAUUCACGACUACACUGCCACCGAUGGUGAUGAGCUGGAACUGAAGAUGGGAGAUGUCGUGCUGGUUGUGGCCUUUGACAACCCAGAUGAACAGGACGAUGGCUGGCUCAUGGGUUAUCAAGAGUGUCAGUGGUUGCAGAAGAAAGCUCUUUCAGCCAAAGGUGUUUUCCCUGAAAACUUCACCCAGAAGGUUUGAGGUUCAUGACACCCCCAAAGAUUCUUCUCCCACUUCUCCGACACAAACUCUUCCGAAGUCCGUUUCAUAAAUGUCUAUUUCUACACAAUACAAUGUAUUGGUACAGCAUGAUUGGAAAUGUGCACGCACAUCUCAACAGUUAUGACACCAAAUUAUUUAUAUGUGCAGAAAACAGCGAUGGUCUGUAAUCACAGAAUUUCUCGAAUAUAUUUAUGUGCAAGAAAAGUUAAAUGAUGAGAGGAAACAUUUUAGUUGUGACAUUUGUCUAAAAUGUCCAAAUUGCAACACAAAAUAAUGCUGAAUUCUUAACAAUGUGGUGAACACAAGUGAAACACAAGACAAUAGCGAUAUUUAAAAAGAAAAAAAAGAAAGGAGAUAGUCGUGGAUGUACUGUAUGAAUGUCAAAGUAUCUAUGUCGUGUAUCAAGUUUUUGAACAAAAAUCAUUUUUGAGGACUUUUCACAGUUGCGUGCAUGAAGCAUUUGUCAUUUCACUGUGGCACCAGUUGGGGCAUCGCUCCAUGAAAUAUGCCUGUUGCAGGUGUCCCAGGCUAGAGCCCUGGAGAACACCACCCAUAUAAACCGGAUGUUUGCGGGGCUUUUUCUUGCUUUAUCAAAGUGAAUAACUUCCGUUUCUUGAACUUGUAGCUUUAUCAAAGGGAACAGUAGUUUAUCAUUGAUUUAAAUUGGCCAUUUUGAGUAUGUGACAUGAGGAGUGGCUUUAAUUUUCUAAUGCACACGUUUUAUUUUAGUUUUUGAAACAUCUGUUCAUUGAAGCAUGAAAUUCAAAGCUUCUCAUCAAGCUUGGCUACUGAAUAUUUUCCUCCGUCGUCUAUCAUUACCACUAUUUCUGGCUAUAAACCACUGAUUUAGUUGGAGUACUCUGAGAUAUGUUAUUUAAAUAUUUUCCAUAUUUAAUUAUGGAUUUCUGUGAUCUCUGGUAUACGACGAUCUGACCGGACUCUUUUGCUGUCAACACUGGAUCGUUUAUAGAGACAUGUGUUUUCUUUAGUUUCCAAGUAUAAAGGUUUAGACUGCUGUGAGUCCAUGGCUGCAGUGUUACCGAGUUAAAAUAAAUAACGAGCCUGUGAUUUAUCUGACAGACAGAAACCAAAGUUAAACCCCACAAAAAAUGUAUUUUCAAACUAUGGAGAUAAUGAAUAUGGUCACUAUUGCAACAAAUUGGUCAUUAAAGAUUAAUGAAGCAACA